GUUAAAUAUUAUACAGAGUCUGAAUGGUUAAGACCUCUUAUCUGAAUUGAUCAGACAUUUGCCUCUGAAUAGUUAAGCAAUAUACUAGCUCUUAAUGGUUCAGACCUCUUACUGGUUCAGCACUUAAUGGUUCAGACCUCUUACUGGUUCAGCACUUACCCAUUCAGAAGUUGCCAAACAGCCCCUAAAUAUAUUUUGACAGCUCAUGACAAUUUUUUUCUUGAAAUCACACCAUAUACUCUAUAUUAUUUUUCUAAUACUAAUACAUAGAUAUCCAUAAAAUUACUUCGAGUAUCCUCAAUUUUCUGAUGAUAACUCCAGUUUCAUACUAUCUGUAAUAUAUUCCAUGCUACUUUCAAAUUUCUACGACCCGCUCUCUUCUCCCUUUCAUGCGCUCUUCUUCUUACAAGCCGGCAGAGUACAUAGGAUAUUUGGUGAUUAUGGACUUACAAACAUCUAUUGUUACACAUGUUGAGAAUGAGCAACCACAUGAUUUUGGUGGUGAAGAAGAAGACCUGGUUUUAUAUGAGUUGCAGCCCAGUUACGCUAAUUAUCUGUAUGAACUCUGCAUUUGGUGUAUUAUUGUUUUCUUCAUAGUCAGGAUCGGGAAAACCCUAGGAUCCGAAAUUGGGGGUUUCUUCAAAUUGGCUUCAACUUUGCAAUUGAUGGUUCCUGGUGGGGUUACGCGACAUCAGAGGUGGUGGAGGUGGCCGGAAUUGAGGAAAACCCGCCGGAAACCGCUGGCCCGGGUCACGGCGGUGAUCUGGCGAUUCCGAAUGCACCGCCCGAUCAGUACCGCCCCGGGUGGCCGCCGUCGGCCCGUUGAUCAUCCCAGCCGCAGCAACCACGGCCCUCCAUUCCGCCAUCGUCCGCAUCCGCAUAACGGAUGGGAAUCAGAUUGGCCUCCUCGCCCGCUCAAUUUCAUCGUCGAGCUCCAAUCCAGCGGGCAACGGGCAGUGAGUGCGGCCGAUGUUGAGGCUCUGGUUCGGAAACUUGGGGUAAAACCUCAGAGGUCAAGCUUUGUCCCGUCUAAGUCUAUUUUGGCUGCGCUUUGGUUCGAGUAUUGGAGUGAUGCCGUGGAUACAGUGGUUCGGUUGUGGGAGAUGAAAUUGAAUGGUGAAGGAAUUAGUACUAGCUUUUUGCCUGCGGUUGUCUGCAAUGGCCGGAUGCAUUCUGAUUAUUCUUCGGACUUGAACGAUCAAUUGAGGCUUGUUUUUUUGGAGAGGUUGGAGUGGUUGAAAGAGGGGGAUUUGGUGGUGAAGUGGCUGAAGAAAUUGGGGGAUUUGACAGACGAGACGAAGACGGUUUCGAAUUUGUUGAAGAAGCCACAGAGUUUGGGCGCAGCGGAUGAGCUGUUGAGGAGGAGGAAAGGUUUGCAGGCAGAGGCGAGUUUGAUGCUUAACAGGAUGCAGGAAUUCCAGAGAGGGAUCAAGUGUAUUGAAGAUUAUCUGGAGAGUGCAUACGCUAGUGGAGAUUGUGGUGUUCCCGUGAUUCAAUUUCUUGACGGGGAGAUGAGCUGGGAGAGGAUUUAUAUGUUGAUGCUGAGGGAAUGCAGAAGGCUUGAUGAUGGACUGCCCAUUUAUGCCCAUAGACAAGAAAUCUUGAAUCAAAUACAAAGCCAGCAGGUUACUGUAUUGAUAGGUGAAACUGGUUCAGGAAAGAGCACACAACUGGUUCAGUAUCUUUGUGACUCUGGAUUUACUUGCAAUGGAUCGAUCAUUUGUACACAGCCACGUAAACUUGCUGCCAUCUCAUUGGCAGAGAGGGUUAAAGAAGAGAGCUGUGGUUGCUAUGAUGAUACUUCUGUUGUCUGUUGUCCAUCAUAUUCAUCUGGUUGGGGGAUUGAACCAAAGGUUAUUUUUAUGACGGAUCACUGCCUUCUGCAGCACUAUAUGAGUGAUAAGCAACUAUCCAGGGCCUCAUGUAUUAUUGUUGACGAGGCUCAUGAAAGAAGUUUAAACACAGAUCUCCUUCUGGCAUUGAUCAAGAAUUUACUGUUUCAGAGGCCACGACUCAAACUCAUCAUCAUGUCUGCAACUGUGGAUGCAGACCAAUUUUCAGACUACUUUUUUGGUUCUAAAACUUUGCAUGUGGCCGGUAGAAGCUUCCCUGUUGAUAUAAAAAUUGAGGGGGAAGGUACUAUCCUUGCAUUCUUAACCUCUCAGGUGGAAGUAGAAUGGGCUUGUGAAAAAUUUCAAGCUGUUUCUGCCAUUGCUUUUCCCUUGCAUGGAAAGCUCUCUUCAAAAGACCAACAUCGAGUAUUUCUGACCUAUCCUGGGAAACGAAAAGUUAUAUUUGCCACUAAUAUCGCCGAGACAUCUUUGACAAUUCCGGGUGUGAAAUUUGUGGUUGAUUCUGGAGUGGUAAAAGAGAGUGUGUAUGAACCUUCUACUGGAAUGAAUGUGCUCAAGGUUUGCAGGAUCAGCCAGAGCUCUGCUAAUCAACGGGCGGGUCGUGCUGGGAGGACUGAACCUGGUACAUGUUACAGACUCUACUAUGAAAAUGAUUUUCAGUCAAUGCUGCCUCAUCAAGAACCUGAAAUCCGUAAGGUCCAUCUUGGCAUGGCAGUUCUUAGAAUUGUUGCUUUGGGAAUUAAGGAUGUGCAGGAUUUUGACUUCGUCAAUGCGCCUAGUUCUAAAGCUAUAGAUAUGGCACUCAGAAAUCUUGUUCAGCUAGGAGCUAUAGCAGUGAGAAAUGACAUUUUUGAAUUAACUGUCGAUGGCAGCAAGAUGGUCAAACUGGGUGUUGAGCCCGUAUUGGGGAAAAUAAUUUUACAGUGUUUGCUCCAGCGAUUGGGUAAGGAGGGUCUUGUUCUUGCUGCAGUAAUGACAAAUUCCAGUAGCAUAUUUUGUAGAGUUGGUACUGUGGAAGAUAAGCUGAAAUCUGAUUGUCUUAAGGUGCAAUUUUGCCAUCCCAAGGGUGAUCUCUUCACAUUGCUUGCAGUUUAUAAGGAGUGGGAGACAGUACCCCACGGAAAGAAAAACCAGUGGUGUUGGGAGAAUAGUAUCAAUGCGAAGACUAUGAGAAGAUGCCAUGACACUGUAAAAGAGCUAGAGGCUUGCUUGAAAAAUCAAAUGGAUAUCAUUGUGUCAAGUGAUUGGCAUUGGAAUCCCUCGAUGUAUACCGAGCAUGAUGAUAACUUGAAAAACACAAUACUUUCUUCUCUGCCCGAAAAUGUGGCAAUGUUCUCAGGCUAUGAACAACUUGGGUAUGAAGUGGCAUUAACAAGGAAACAUGCACAACUGCAUCCUUCUUGUUCUUUGCUUAACUUUGGUCAGAGGCCAGCUUGGGUGGUUUUUCGGGAAAUAAUUUCAGGAUCCAAAGAUUAUCUGGUUUGUGUCACUGAAUGUGAUUUUGAACAUUUCUCAGCCCUUUCUCCUCCCCCAGCAUUUGAUUUCUUAAACAUGUACCGCCGACAACUGCAGAUGAGGAAAUUGACGGGGUUCGGCAAUGCUCUGUUGAAAAGGUUCUAUGGAAAAUCAAAUUGGAAUUUAUGCCUACUUCUUUCAAACAUUAGAGAAUCAUGUGGGGAUGAACGCAUAGUUGUGGAGGUCAAUUUUGAUCAUAAUGAGUUGCUCCUGUACGCAUCUUUACAAGACAUGGAGAAAGUGUGCAGUUUAGUACAGGGAGCUUUGGACCAUGAGAAGAAGUUGUUGCGGAAUGAGUGCUCGGAACAACCUUUAUAUAAUGCAGGUCCGACGGUCCUACCUUCAUUUUCUCUCUUUGGGUCCGGUGCUGAGAUAAAACACCUGGAGCUGAAGAAGAGAUAUUUGUCUGUUGACAUAUUCCAUUCAAACAUCAAUGCCCUCGAUGAAAGAGAGCUCGUGGAAUUUCUGGAGGGAUAUACCCUUGGCCAUAUUUGCGGCAUUAGCAAGUAUUUAGAUAAAGAGGACAAGUGGGGAAAGGUGACAUUUUCCACACCUGAGGCUGCUACGAUGGCCGUUGAGUUAGAUCAGUCUGAGUUCAACGGUGGGAUUCUUAAGGUAGUUCCUUCUAAAAACACAUAUGAUGGCAAUUCUCACACAAAGGCGUCAUCAUCAUCUUCUUCUAUCAAAGCCAAAAUAUCAUGGCCUCGUCGGUGCAGCAAAGGGGUUGCAAUUGUGAAGUGUGAUCCAAAUGAUGUUGCUUUAAUGGUUUCACACCUCUCCACAGUAGUACUUGGUGGCAGGCUAGUUCGGUGUAAAGCAGGCACAAAGUCUGCAGGCAGUGUUGUUAUCACAGGGCUUGAUGUGAAUCUUUUUGAAGAUGAUAUAUCUCAGGUGCUACACGGCUCGACAAACUUGCAAAUUAAAGAGUUUUUUGUGGUGAGAGGCGAUGCAGUAGACAGUCUUCCUCAUGCAAAUUGUGGAGCAGCAAUUAUACAAGCAAUUUCUCCCUUUAUGCCUGGAAGGAACUCACAGGGUGAUGGUGUUCGUGUCCACGUGCUCAAACCAAGCCCAAAAGACAAUUUAAUGAGAGCCACAAUUACUUUUGAUAGAGAUUUGCAUUUGGAUGCAGCUAGAGCCCUGGAGCAAAUUGACAGGAAAGUUUUACCCGGUUGUCUCUCGUGGCAGAAAAUUCAUUGUCAGCAAAUGUUUCAUAGCUCCGUGUCAUGUCCAGCACAUGUCUAUCCUGUUAUCAGGAAUCAGCUUGAUUCUUUGCUUGCAAGUCUUCGGCAAGAGAAAGGUGUAGAAUGUAACCUAGAGGCUAUCUCCAAUGAAGCAAGCAAACUUUGUUCUUAUCGAGUGAAGAUAACGGCUGGUACUAUGAAAACAGUGGCAGAGUUGAGAAAACCUCUGCAGCAGCUGAUGGAAGGGACAGUCAUUCAUCAUCCCGGCAUCACUCCUCCCAUCCUUCAGAUUCUCUUUUCAAGAAAAGGAGUUCUGCUUAUGGAAUCCAUUCAGCGAGAGACAGGAACCCAUAUUAUCUUUGAUAAGCAUAGAAUGAUCCUAAGAGUCUAUGGCUCUCAGGAAAACAUCCAAAGUGCAGAAGAAAGCCUUGUCAAAGCCCUCCUUGCCUUGCACCAAAACAAUCAGCUUGAGAUUCAACUUCGCGAUGGGAUUUUACCGCCCGAUAUGAUGAAGAGAGUUGUUCAGCAUUUCGGAGCAGACCUUGGCGGGCUCAAGCAGAAGGUGCCCGAGGCAGGGCUGUCCCUAAAUACAAGACGUCACAGUAUAUCUAUCAUAGGUACAAUAGAAUCAAAACAAAGAGUUGAGGAGAUGAUUCACAGUCUUGCCCAGACAAGUCCCAAGAACGACGAAGACAACGAUGAUUCCUCAUGUCCCAUUUGCUUUUGUGAACUUGAGGACCCUUACAUGCUCGAAGACUGUUGUCACCAGUUCUGCCGUUCAUGUUUGAGCGAGCAAAUCGACUCUGCCAUAAGAACUCGUGACAGUUUCCCAUUACGGUGUUCCAAAGAAGGUUGUGGAUCUCCUAUCUUGCUCUCUGAUUUCAGGUCAUUGCUAUCUUCUCCCAGGGGGAAAAAAUAUGAUGAACUCGUUAAGGCUUCCUUGGAUGCAUAUGUUGCAGGUAGUGGUGGCACCUACAGGUUCUGCCCAUCACCUGACUGUCCUUCAAUUUAUGCAGCAGCCAUUUCUGGCCCUUCGUCGUCUUCUUCUUCUGCUCCAGCUGAUUCGCUGUUUGUAUGUGGAGCAUGCUUUGUGGAGACAUGCACGCAAUGCCACCUGGAGUAUCAUCCUUUCCUGUCGUGCGAGAAGUACCGCGAGUUCAAAGAUGACCCGGAUUCCUCUCUUAAGCAGUGGUGCGGGGAGAGGGCAAAUGUGAAAGCCUGCCCGGGUUGCGGGUUCAUUAUUGAAAAGGUGGAUGGUUGCGACCAUAUCUCGUGCAAGUGCGGGAGGCACGUUUGCUGGUCCUGCUUAAGCCACUUCGGAACCGGCAAUGAAUGCUAUGCCCACAUGAGAAUCUUGCCCAACAAUGGGUUCAAAAACCCACACAAUUCUUAUUAAAAGCCAACGCCUCCCGCUGUUUCCGCUGGGACUCGAACUAAAGUAAACUUUCUUGAGAAUC